GUCGCCACAUUGCAAGCGCGAUCAAAGAUGUGCUGAGUCAUCUAAGCAUAGAGAUUGCUGACUGUCGAGGCCAGGGGUACGAUGGCGCCAGCAAUAUGAGCAGCGAAAAUGUUGGCGUUCAAGCUUUGAUAAAAAAGGAUGCGCCUAAGGCAGUUUAUAUGCACUGCAAUGGGCAUUGCUUGAACCUUGUCAUUGCACGCUCUUGUGCUCUUCCAGUUGUGCGCAACAUGAUUGAUAAGAUGAAGUACAUCGUCAUGUUCUUCACCUGCAGCCCGAAGAGGGAACACCUUCUCAAGGAGGUUGUAGAUAAGGAGGCACAUUCUACCGGAAAGCGGAAGCCCCUGAUUGACCUCAGCCGCACAAGAUGGGCAGCACGGCAUGAUGCCUACAGUCACUUCUACAGUGCCUUUGUCUUCAUUAUUAAGGCUCUGGAAGUCAUGGCACAGGGUCUCCAUACAGAGGAGUACAGUGAAGAUGUCACCAGUGGAUGGGAGGGCAAGUACAAAGCAGAGGCCUAUGGUCUCUUGAGUGGGCUACAAAACUUUGGAUUCAUCCUCACAUUCCUCACCGUAUACCAAGUUUUAUCCCACCUGGCGGGCAUCACGGUGAAACUGCAAAGCACCUCACUCGACAUCAUCGAGGCAUUUAGCAUGGUUGAUGAGGUGAAGUCUGUCUACAAGGAGCUCCGCGAGACCAUCGACGACGACUUCAAUCAAAUCUACGAACAAGCAGUUAGGAUGGCUGCUCAGGUCAACGUGGAACCAACCCAGCCGAGAGCAGCUGGAAGGCAGAAACACAGGGAAAAUGUACCCGCUGAAGGAGUGAAGGAGUACUAUCUCCGGAACAUGACGAUACCCUUCUUAGACCAUGUCAUUUCAGAGUUUGAGUCCAGAUUUAGUCCCCUCUCUGUGACCGCAUCAAGGCUCAUGGGCCUAAUUCCAUCUGUCCAGUGCAACUCAGAUGUAACGGUGGACAUCUCUGAAGCAGUCGCUCUGUACCAAGAUGACUUGCCAUCACCAGAGGUCAUUGACCAGGAGCUGAAACGGUGGAAGUUGAAGUGGCAGGUCAAAGCAUUACACCAAAGACCAAGCUCAUGUGCCUCAGCUAUCAAAGAGUGUGAUGAGAUGAUGUAUCCGAACAUCUUCAAACUCCUGAAAAUUGCAUGCACCUUGCCAGUGACCUCCUGCGAAUGUGAGAGGUCUGCCAGUGUUCUCCGGAGACUCAACACAUUCAUGCGGAGCAGCAUGGGAGAGGACCGCAUGUCAUCCUUGGCUCUCAUCCAUACCCACUACGACAUGGCUCUGGAUCUGGAUGAAGCUGUCGAUCUAUACUCAAAAAUGCACCCAAGACGAUUGGAGCUGAUGAGCGUUCUGAUGCAAUAGAAGCCAUAGAAGAAGAAGAGGGAGACAUGGGGGUGGAGAGAUAGACAAUAAAGGACAGCAACAACAGACAGACAGAACAACAACAGAGACAGACAAUGGAGGGCAGCAACAGACAGGCAAUGGAAGAAAGCAACAGACAACUGAGGUGAGCAACAGAGACAGACAAUCACAGAUGUAGGAAGUUUGAGUAACACUUACAUUUAUAUCAAAUUCUUCAUUCUUGUUAAAGUUUUAAUGACUAUAGAGAUAGCUCAAUUGAAGCAAUUCAUGUCCAUUUAUGUUAACAGUGGGGAGCAACAGACAAAAAAUGAAGGACAGCAACAACAGACUCACAACAAACUUGACGAUGAAUAAAAUAUGUCUAAAUUAAAAGAUUUGAAGUGUGCUGGUGUAUUUAGGGGGCAUUGGAGUAGGGAGCCAAAUGAAGUCCACUUUCGGGGGGAAAAGAUCCCCCCCCACCACAAUGCUGGCU